AUGCUCUUUGGAAAUAAUAAAGAGAAGAAUAACGAUAUCAACAUCAACAAUAAUAGUGGAAGUAGCAUAAGUGAAGGAGAAAAAAUAAAUCAUAAUACAACUGAAAAUGAUUUAAAAUCUAUAAUAUCAAAACAACAUGAAGAAGAAUAUGAUUUAUAUGUUGCUAAAUCAAAUCCAAGUGCAACUAAUGCUCAAGAUGGUCAUAGAUUAAGAAAAGCUUUAGAUCCAAGACACGUUAGUAUGAUUGCAAUUGGUGGUGCUUUAGGAACUGGUUUAUUAAUUGGAACAGGUAGUUCAUUAAGAACAGCAGGUCCAGCAGCAAUUCUAAUUACAUACUCUUUAAUAGGAGCUGUAGUAUUUGUUGUUAUGUCAGCAUUAGGAGAAAUUUCAACGUUUAUACCAUUAAAUGGUUUUGCAAAUUAUGGUAAAAGAUAUAGUGAUGAAGCUUUAGGUUUUGCAUGUGGUUAUAUUUAUUUAAUUAAAUAUUUAAUUUUACCUGCUAAUCAAAUGACUGCUGGUGCUUUAACUAUUCAAUAUUGGAUAAGUAGAGAUAAAGUAAAUCCUGGUGUUUGGAUUACUGUUUUUUUAGUUAUCAUUAUGGGUAUUAACUUUUUAGGUGUUAGAUUUUUUGGAGAAAUUGAAUUUUGGUUAAGUGCUUUAAAAGUUGUAACUUGUUUAGGACUUAUUUUGGUACUUUGGGUAAUUGCAUUAGGUGGAGGACCAACUCAUGAUAGAUUAGGUUUUAGAUAUUGGAAAAAUCCUGGUGCUUUUAUUCCAUAUGAAGAUUCAAGUAAAAACUUAAUUAUUGAAGGUGGAAAAGGGAAAUUUGUGAGUUUUGUUGCAGUAUUAGUUACAGCAGUAUUUGCUUAUUUAGGUACUGAAUUAGUUGCUAUAACUUUUAGUGAAACAAGAAAUCCAAGGAAAGCUAUUCCAAAAGCUAUAAAAUUAACUUUAUAUCGUAUUUUGGUAUUUUACAUUUUAUCAAUUUUAUUCGUUGGUAUGUGUGUUAGUGCAAAAGAUCCUUUAUUAUUAUCUGCAAAGGGAACAAAUGCUGGAGCAAGUCCUUUUGUGAUUGCAAUGAAAAAUGCAAAAAUUCAUGGUUUAGAUCAUGUUAUAAAUGCUGCUAUUUUAUUAUUUGUUUUUUCAGCUGCAAAUUCAGAUGUUUAUGUUUGUAGUAGAGCACUUUAUUCAUUAGCUGCUGAUGGUUAUGCUCCUAAAUUUUUCACAAAAACAAAUAGAUUAGGAGUUCCAUAUUAUGGGUUAGGAUUAUCAUUGUUAUUCAGUUUAUUAGCUUAUAUGAAUGUUAGUAGUGGAUCAGCAGAAGUUUUUGGAUAUUUUGUUAACGUGGUUAGUUUAACAGGUCUUAUUGCAUGGUCAUGUAUAUUAAUUUUCCAUAUAAGUUUUAUGAAAGCUUUAAAAGCUCAAGGAUUCAAUAGAAAAACCGAUCUUGUAUACAGAUCUCCAUUACAACCAUAUGCUUCAUAUAUUGCAUUAGGUAUAUGUAUCUUGGUCAUUUUCAUCAAAAAUUUUACAGUAUUUUUAGGUGAUGAAUUUACUUAUAAAAAUUUUAUAACUGGUUAUAUAAUUUUACCAGUAUUUUUUAUAUUAUUUUUUGGUUAUAAAUUUUGGUAUAAAACAAAAUGGUUAAAAUCAAAUGAAGUUGAUUUAGAUACUUUUAGAGAUGUUAUUGAUUCAGAAUUUGAACAAUAUCAAGCUGAAGAUGCUGAAAGAAAAGCUGUUAGAGAAGCUGAAGGUAAAAGAUUUGAUAGAGAAUGGUUUUAUGAUAAAACUUUAGGAUGGAUAUUUUAG